AUGUUGCACACUUUGCUUCUGUUUCACAUUGGGAUUCUCAGCCUCACCAUGAAGACCUUAGGGUUACCUCUUGGCUUCUUUAAUGCUCCAAUUCUCUGUCUCUUCUGGCUCACAAAGAACACAGUGGACUCAUUCGAGCUGACUGCUCCAGAGGUGGUAACAGGAGCAUAUGGAGGGUCUGUGACAGUCCUUUGUCAGUACCACCAUAGGUUCAGAGAUUAUACAAAGUACUGGUGCAGAGGAUCGACAUAUGAGCUGUGUGUCAUAGUGGUGAAAACACCCAAGGGCCAAAUCAGUGAGAGAAGCUCCAUUGCUGAUGAUAAGAAUGCAGGAGUCUUCACUGUGACCAUGACCUCUCUCAGGGAAAGUGAUGAAGAUACGUACUGGUGUGUGAUCGCCAGAAUUGGAAGAAACGUCCACACUGCCAUCCAGCUCCGGGUCUCCGAGACAGCAAUAACAACCACCCCUCUCUCCACCAUACUGGAACGAGAUGAAAUAAGUUGGUGGGCAACUCUACGUUGGAUACUCUUUAUUGUGAUGCUGUGUUGUUUGAUAUCAACACACAUCACUGUUUGGAGGAUAAAGGUUGCGAGAAAGAAACAACAACAAGUUCAAUAUGAAAACUCAAACAUCUGCUCUAUAAUUGAAUGCCAGGCAACACCAGGAUUAUAAACAAUGUAUAAAUUAAAACUCAACACUGAAGCUAUUAAACUGUCCUCCGAGUGAAUAUUAUAACAGUGUGUGAAUUAAACUAUGAAAUAAA